AUUUGUUUAUAUCAUUUUGUGUAUAAUAACCUGAUUUUGUUGUAAAAUUUAAUUCACUAAUAUCUCAAAUAUACGAUGGAAAAGGAUAAAUCUAGAGGAAUAAAACACAUAAAAGAUAAAAGUAAAUACAAAGGCAACACGAAGAAAAAUCCCAAAUUCGUCCCACAGAAGCAACUGCAGCCUAAUUUGGGAUCCAAUUGGGACAGAUACGAGAACGAAGAAGAAACUGGCGAAGACUUGGGUAUUGGUAUCGAAGAUUUUGCUACAUUCGCAGAUGCCCCUAUAUCGAAAGGGAAAUACUUUCAAAGCAAGAGCGACAAACUACUGGCUAAAGAAACAGAAUCGUUUUCGUUGAAUGAACUGUUCACUGUGAACCUUGAAGAGCUCGAAAAGAAAUUAAUGACGGUACCGUACUACGAAAGAGUGGAUAUUAACAAAGCCUAUUUUCUAGAUAGCCAGAUAGAGUAUAUGAAUCGAGAAGCAGAAGAAAAUAUGGAGAAAUUCAACAAAACCAUUAAUUUACACGCACAAGAAAUAAGUCCCAUAAACAAGGAAUUGGAAGAGCUUGUCUUGUCUAGUUCUGAAGAAUUUACAGCAAAAGAAAGUAAAAAAGACGUAGAUAAUAGUAAUAGUACAGAAAAAAAUGCAGACUUAGAACAGUGGUUAGACGAUUUUUUAAAUGACUAAAAUAAAUUUAUAGGUAAUAAUAAAUGGUUGAAUUAUUUUAAAACGUUAAACUAAUAGGUAAAAUAAACGUGUUUGCAAGUGAACCGCUAUAAAUAAAGGCUUACUGACUAAAGAUUUUUGUUCCCAAAGUCCUACAUUUCGUCAUUUUAUUCUUCUAUUGUACAAUGGACGGUUUUUAUGUGGGAAUUUUAAACCUGUUAUAUUUUUAAAGCCACUCAAAAAUUCAUUAUUAUCUGAAUUAUUGAAAAGGUGUUGCAAUAAAAAUCCUACAAUAAUUUUCGGUUUGUUUAUACACCAUUUUGUAAAUUUUACAUUCAUUAUUCCUUUCUGGAUUCUCAAAUCUCUUGUUUUCGACUGCCACGUUGCCAAUGUCAAAUACAAAUACUUCUUUGCUAACUUUGCUUCUAUCCAUGAAGAGUGCAUGCAUAAAUGCAUUGAUAAAAAGACGCGGGAAUUUUUGAUGGGUAUGUUGGUAACAA